AUGGCACCCGUCUAUCACGGCCAAUGGUCAUUCCACGUAGACACGUUCUACGUCACUUCCUCUUGCGGUCAUGUUCACCCACGCGCCACAUACUCCGAGCUAGAUACCAUUUUCAGUGCACCGUUGGGUGACAGAAGGAACAGAGCCGAUCAUCAAGACCACUGGUACGAGGCACAACUUCUCCAUUUUGGGCUGCCGCCGACAAAAGGCAAAGCGACAGCCAAGAUGAGAUUGAUGGAUGCCUUUCAAGACGGAAUACUAGAGGUUCCGGCGGAGAUACUCCAAAUGGAAGCAACGCUAGCAAGGAACUGGAUCCAACAGGACCUGGAGGCCCGCCUUUUGGGUCCUUCGAUGCGAACUCCAAUCGAUCCUGCCAUUGCGGAAGCUACGGCGACUGAUACCACUGGAUUUGGUACCACUCAGAGGCCAUCGGUUGACGAGGAGGGAAAGGCAUUCGGUGCAGGUGCGACUGGAGGAGCCGGUGUGCAAGGCAAAAUGCGAUCUCAACGGAACAAGAUGCAACCGCCUCAUACUUACCAAAAGAGAAGGAAACACAGCAAUGGAGAGUCAUCGGCCCGCCCUAUGAAAAGUGCCAGAUAUCGUGAUCAAACUGGCGGACCUGGCUUGCAAGUACAGAUCCACGCCAAUUCAAACAAUGAGAACCUCUACCAGACAUCAACUGUUAUUCCAAAAUUAGUCGGAAACAGACGCGGACACCCGGCUUUGCACAGAGAGUUGCAACAAAUUGGAUACCAGACUGUGCCUUUAUUACACCAGACUAUCUCCGGAACAGUGAGCAUGUUCUUUCCAGUGCCAGAAACGAAGUAUCACCAUCUCUAA